GGCGUGCAAACAUCCGAGUUCAGUGCGAAAUUUUAAACGCAUCAUUAUGUAUCGUUUAGCAUUAUUGUUAGUAUUGUCGUGUGUUUUGCUGGUCCAGGCCGACGAUGAAUGGAUGGACUUCAUGCAAAAAUGUGGCCAACUGAUUCAUCCCGCAGGUAUACGAUGUUGCAAAAAAAAAUAUGUCUCAACCGACCUAACGGAAGACCUAAAAGAGUGUAUGCAAUUACCAGGCAAGCCGCCCUCCUGCGAAAUAGAAAUUUGUGUAGCUAAAAAGAGAGGCUUUGCAUCUGAUGACGGAACUAUUAAUAAAGCAGCCUUUAAAGCCUUACUAAGCAAAAUGGAUGAUAAAGAUCUCCAAGCCAGUAUAGUUGAGGACUGCGUAGACGGCGACAUAAGCGAGUACGGACCGGAUGAUUUGUGUGAUCUAAAGAGACUGCACACGUGUGUGGCCUUGCACUUAGUUGUGGACUGUCCUGAGUGGAGCAAUGAAGGCGCCUGCAGUGGCUCAGCAGACGUGGCUGCGGAUUGUAUCAAAUCAAUGCAAUAGGUAUUAAAUAAAUCACUUCCUAUUUAAAAUUGUGGACUAGAAAACAUAAUAAAAUAUAUCUGUUGA